AUUGUGUAAAGGAUUAUGUGGCAUGAAAGAGUGCCACACCUGUAUGAAAGCAGACUUCACCUCCUUGUCUUCUUCAGACUCUUCAAUCACAACAACAACAACAUGACAUUUUAUCAUCUUGGGUUUUUGCUUCUCACGUUCCUAGUGCCAGGAGGCACUGGGCAAAAUGACAUUGAAUGUGGCAUGGCGUCGCUCAACACCAGGAUCGUGGGAGGUACAGAGGCGCCCGCGGGGAAUUGGCCCUGGAUAGCGAGCUUGCAAAGACAACGUCAACACUCUUGUGGAGCGUCGCUGAUCACCCGGGAAUGGCUGGUGUGUGCCGCUCACUGCUUCCCAUUCACCCCAGAAGAAGAGCCCUUCAGUGAAUUGCGGAUACUUCUGGGAUACCAAUCCCUGGAUCUGGAUAAUCCCAACGGGGUGAACGUUUCGGUACUGCUUGUCAUCCCCCACGAGGACUACAACAAUGUGACCAUCGAGAAUGACAUCGCCCUGAUACGGAUUCCCCCUGUUAAUUACACCGUCUACAUCCGGCCUGUGUGCCUCGCCGCUCCCGACACUUUCGUCGGAGCCGGAACCGAUAUCUGGAUCACCGGAUGGGGCAGAAUUAACGAAGGCGUGGAUCUUCCGUCUCCGCAAACGCUACGGGAAGUUGAUGCUCCAGUUGUAUGCAACGAAGAAUGCAAUGAGUCAUACGGAUUCAUCACCUCCAACAUGAUCUGUGCCGGAGUCCCUGAGGGGGGUCGGGGCUCAUGCCAGGGGGAUUCAGGCGGUCCAAUGGUGGUCAACAACGGUUCUCAGUGGGUCCAACUCGGCAUCGUGAGCUUUGCAGUAGGAUGCGCUCGGCCUAAUAUUCCAGGAGUCUUUGCGCGAGUGUCCGAAUACCAGUCAUGGAUCAUGGAGAGGAUGAAUGGCAGUGCGCCGCCGGGUUUUGUCAGAAUUGAUACAAAUAACUCGGAAUGUUCUGGGAAUGCAUUCCUCUCGGCUCCUCUACUCCUCACGCUUCUGCCGACAUUCUUCACCACCGUGGUACUCAUGUGAUGAGGAUCAGAUGCACACUAAAUCAGUUUGCUGGAUACUAGUUACAAUGUAGGAAACUACCACUAAAUCAUUUUAAUGAAUAGAAUUUUCUGAUGUUUUCAACUAUUGUUAUAUCUAUUAUACUAUUAUCGAUGAUUUUUACCGAAAUGAAAACUGCAUAUGUAGCACUUGAAAACUGGCUGUGCAUUUGUGAGUUUCAAUGCCAUAAGGUUUAAAACGUUUAAUAUAGAAAACGUUACGGAGCACACCUUGACAAUAUUUUGCUAUAUUUACAUUUAUACGAGAUGUCAGCAAUUUAAAUUGAAGUGCAGUUAUGAACGCUUGCAGUCCUUUGCUACGUGCACUAUCUGACUUUUGAAUGUUAAAAAGGUGGGUUUUUCUUCCUCAAUGGUCCUUUAAGGUCAAAUAUUAUGUGUAUUACUGGUCUACGGGUUAUUUUUCUUCAAAUAAACAUUGUUGGUUUUAA